UUCACUUCUGUGCAGAUGCUGCCGCUGUGGACAUUUGCUGUGCUCCUGGGAGCAGUAGCUGGACGAGAAGUCUGCUAUGAUAGACUCGGCUGCUUCACUGACGAUUCUCCGUACGGAGGAACUUUGGAAAGACCUCUCAAAGUGUUACCCUGGUCUCCGAACCUUGUCAACACCCGCUUUCUCCUCUACACUAAUGAGAACCCCAACAGUUACCAAGUGAUUACCGCAGAUGCAUCAAAAAUCAGGAGCUCCAAUUUCAAAACAAACAGAAAAACCCACUUCGUCGUUCAUGGAUUCACAGACAAGGGGGAAGACAACUGGCUGUCCGAUAUCUGCAAGAACAUACUCCAGGUGGAAAGUGCGAACUGCAUCUGUGUGGACUGGAAAGGCGGCUCUCGAACUGGGUACACUCAGGCUACACAGAACGUACAAAUCGUAGGCGCGGAGAUCGCGUAUUUGGUUAAGGCCCUCCAGUCCGACUUUGGCUAUUCUCCAUCCAACGUUCACAUCAUCGGCCACAGUCUGGGCUCCCAUGUUGCUGGCGAAGCUGGAAAGAGGUUGAAUGGGGCCAUUGGACGAAUCACAGGAUUGGACCCAGCUGAACCCUACUUUCAGAAUACACCCGAAGUUGUCCGACUGGACCCCAGUGAUGCCCAGUUUGUGGAUGCCAUUCACACGGACGCUGCCCCCAUGAUUCCCAACAUGGGAUUAGGAAUGAGCCAAACCGUGGGUCACUUAGAUUUCUUCCCAAAUGGAGGAAAGGAGAUGCCCGGCUGCCAGAAGAAUGCUCUCUCUCAGAUUGUUGACAUGGAUGGAAUCUGGGAAGGGAGCCGUGACUUUGUGGCCUGUAAUCAUUUAAGAAGUUACAAGUAUUAUACAGACAGCAUUGUCAACCCCACUGGCUUCGCUGGGUUCUCUUGUGCCUCCUACAAUGAUUUCACGUCGGACAAGUGCUUCCCCUGCCAGAGUGGAGGAUGCCCACAGAUGGGUCACUAUGCUGACAGAUACUCUGGGAGAACAAGCGGAGUCGGGCGGACAUUCUACCUGAACACUGGCGAUGCCAGUAAUUUUGCUCGCUGGAGGUACCAGGUGACUGUCACCCUGUCUGGACAAAGAGUCACAGGACACAUACUGGUCUCCUUGUUUGGAAAUGGCGGGAACUCUAAGCAGUAUGAGAUUUUCAAGGGCUCUCUCCAAUCUGGAAAGACUCUUACCAGUGAGAUCGACUCUACCGUGGACGUCGGAGAUGUGCAGAAGGUUAAAUUUAUUUGGUACAACAACGUGAUCAACCCAACUCUACCCAAAGUGGGGGCAUCGAGGAUCACGGUGGAAAGAAAUGAUGGCAGAGUGUUCAACUUUUGCAGUUCCAAAACCGUGAGAGAGGACGUCCUGCUCACCCUGGAGGCAUGUUAAGAGCUUGUUGAUGGG